AUUGUGCAAAUAAAUUUGCAUAUCCUUGAUUGAUGGGAUUGAGCAUCUUUUCUCAUGUUUGUGGGUCAGUCCUCAUUUUCUAUUGGCUUGUUUGCCUUUUUGAAAAUUGCUUCACUGGAUUUCUGUAAUCUGCAAACAAAACUUGUUGGUUAAGUGUAUUUAAGUAUAUUCUCACAAUUUGCAGCUUGUUCCAUUAGUGGGCUUUUUUGGGUGUUGCCUAGGCUACCUGUAUAUGAGCUCACCCUGAUUAGUUUUUCCUACUUCUGUGUUUGUUUAUACUGGUAGUUGACCCUGAGCACAGAUUUGUCAUUUUCAAAGCUUGUGAUGGUUUUCAUUUUAGCAAAGAAUGGCCGCGUGGAUUCCGAGGACCGGAGGAGCCGCCACUGCCCGUACCUGGAUACCAUUAACAGGAGUGUGCUGGACUUUGACUUUGAGAAACUGUGUUCCAUCUCCCUCUCCCAUAUAAAUGCAUAUGCCUGUUUGGUGUGUGGCAAGUACUUUCAGGGCCGGGGUUUGAAGUCUCAUGCCUACAUUCACAGCGUCCAGUUCAGCCACCAUGUCUUCCUCAACCUCCACACCCUCAAGUUUUACUGCCUUCCUGACAACUAUGAGAUCAUUGAUUCCUCGCUGGAGGAUAUCACGUAUGUGUUGAAGCCCACUUUCACAAAGCAGCAGAUUGCAAACUUGGACAAGCAAGCCAAAUUGUCCAGGGCAUAUGAUGGCACCACUUACCUGCCUGGUAUUGUGGGCCUGAAUAACAUAAAGGCCAAUGACUACGCCAAUGCUGUCCUUCAGGCUCUGUCUAAUGUUCCUCCUCUCCGGAACUACUUCCUGGAAGAGGACAAUUACAAGAACAUCAAGCGUCCACCAGGGGAUAUCAUGUUCUUGCUGGUACAGCGUUUUGGAGAACUUAUGAGAAAGCUCUGGAACCCUCGGAAUUUCAAGGCACAUGUUUCUCCCCAUGAGAUGCUUCAGGCUGUUGUUCUUUGCAGCAAGAAGACUUUCCAGAUUACCAAGCAAGGGGAUGGAGUCGACUUUCUGUCUUGGUUUCUGAAUGCUCUGCACUCAGCUCUGGGAGGCACAAAGAAGAAGAAGAAAACUAUUGUGACUGAUGUUUUCCAAGGAUCCAUGAGAAUCUUCACUAAAAAGCUUCCCCAUCCUGAUCUGCCAGCAGAAGAAAAAGAGCAGCUGCUUCAUAAUGAUGAGUAUCAGGAGACAAUGGUGGAGUCCACCUUUAUGUACCUAACGUUGGACCUUCCUACUGCCCCUCUCUACAAGGAUGAGAAGGAACAGCUCAUUAUCCCCCAGGUGCCGCUCUUCAACAUUCUGGCCAAGUUCAAUGGCAUUACUGAAAAGGAAUAUAAGACUUACAAGGAGAACUUUCUGAAGCGCUUUCAACUGACCAAGCUGCCACCUUAUCUAAUCUUUUGCAUUAAAAGAUUCACUAAGAAUAAUUUCUUUGUGGAGAAGAAUCCAACUAUUGUCAACUUCCCUAUUACAAAUGUGGAUCUGAGAGAAUACUUGUCUGAAGAAGUACAGGCAGUACACAAGAAUACCACUUAUGACCUCAUUGCCAACAUUGUUCACGAUGGCAAGCCCUCGGAGGGCUCCUACCGGAUCCAUGUACUUCAUCAUGGGACAGGCAAAUGGUAUGAAUUACAGGACCUCCAGGUGACUGACAUCCUUCCCCAGAUGAUCACGCUAUCAGAGGCUUACAUUCAGAUUUGGAAGAGGCGAGAUAAUGAUGAAACUAACCAGCAAGGAGCUUGAGGAGUGUCUAGGACUUUGCUCUAGGGCUUUUGACCAUAGAUGAUAAAUAAUAACUGAAGCUGUAACUGAACAUUCAUUGGGCAACCCACUUUUUAUGAAUCCUGGUUCACACCAGAGCAGCAGAGGGGCCACCCCCCUGGAGGGUUCUGCACUGUCACCCAGCCAUUCUCUUACCAGUUUACUGUAGACUGACCCUCCUUUCCCAUCCUGUCUAGCGCCCUGCUAGCUCCCUUCCAGCUUUAGCAGACCAGAACUCUUUUACAGAGGUAUGUAAUUUAUUUCUGAGUAGCUGGGCGUACCUAAAAGACAAGAUAAUUUCUUUUAAGCAUCAAAGUCUCAGGAUUCUAGGAAUAAGAGCAUGAAGCCAGUAAUGUCCUCCUUCCAUCACAGAUAAUUCCUGCAGUCUCCUCAUUUCCCUGUGUGUUUUUUGGAAUGGAUUAAAUUUUUUCCUGUUUUUAAACCAGCCUCUUGUUUUAUAUCUUUCCAUGAGACAGGGAAGAUUUUUUAUAAAUCUGACAAACUGUCAACUUACAGACUGUCAUACAAUCUUGUUGCUAACUGUCAGCUUGUGAGUGGUGUGUCAGUUAGGAUGCAUAUGUCUCUUCAGUAACAAAAUAAUCUGAUUAAAAGUGAUAAAUUAUUUUGUGCUUAACUAGAAGUCUGGAGGUGGGCGAUUUCAGUCUGCAGGGCAGGGCUGUGUGAGGGAAGAAGGAAGAUAGGAGUAUCUGCCUGUGCCAGGCCAGCAUGGGCCCCCGAGCAAAGAUCGCUUGUGAAAAGAAUCAAGUAGAAAUGGCUUUCCCCAGGACCAGUCAUGGGUUAGAAACAACCCAGAGGAAGGGAGCCUGGGCCUGAACACAGUGGCAGAUCUGAAGCCUCAGCUGCCGGCAGCAGCCCGUCAGCCAUAGCAGGCUCUCCUACGGUGCAGGAGCCGUGCAGCUCUGCACGCUGUACUUCUGAGAGUCAGAAGGCUGUCCUUAUUCUCCUCUGCCUCUCUGGCAACUUCACCCUUUCCUUGAGUAAAGCAUGUCAGAAUGAUAAAAACAAAUACUGGACAUUUCCACUCCUGAAAUUUCUAUAAUGUAAAGCACUUUAAAAAACCAGUGGAUAUCAUGUAAACAUCCUCAGGAUUCUGAGCCUA